AUGAAUAAGGCAGACAGAUGCCCAGAGUUCUGCAUCUGUGACAACAUCCAGCUCACAGUUGCUUGUGUCAACAAGAAUCUCACCGAGGUGCCACCUACCAUUGAUGAGGCUGAGAACCACCACUCAUCUUGUGAGAACAAAGGCCUCACCAAGAUCCCUCGUGGAUUUUCACCAGACACGCGCAUGUUGGACUUGCAGGGCAAUCAUUUCCACUACAUCCCUGCAAACAGUUUCCCAGACACUGCGGAAGUGGUUUCCCUUCACUUGCAGCGCUGCAAGAUCCAAGAGGUCGAAGAUGGUGCUUUCAUUGGUAUGAAGAGUCUGGUUUACCUCUACCUCUCAGAAAAUGACCUCGCUUCAUUGAGUCCUGAGGCAUUCAAGGGGUUGCCCCAUCUCACUUACCUCCAUCUGGAGAAGAAUCGUUUCACCCAGUUCCCCAAAGGAGCAUUCAAGCUCUUGCCUGGUCUGCUGGCUCUGCACAUGGAGAAUAAUGCUAUCACUAAACUGGAAGCAGGGCUCCUGUCAGGGGCUGAGAAACUGAGAGGCCUCUAUCUCACUUCCAACGCCAUCACAGCAGUUGCUCCCAGGGCCUUUGAUCCUGCACCUGAUUUGGAUACUCUUCAUCUAGGCAGCAACAAACUGAAGGAGGUUCCAAGUGAAGCCCUUUCUAAAGCCAGCAGCCUAGCAGAGCUUAAUCUCUCCCAUAACCCUAUUCGCUGGAUUGGAGCAGGGGUUUUUCAGCCAGUUGCUGCCACACUUAAACAUCUUUACCUUAAUCAUAUGGGUUUAGAAAAGGUCUCUAAAGAUUCUCUAGCAAGAUUGGGGUCUGGUCUGAGAAGUCUGUUUCUUGAAGGAAACCAGCUUGAGGAGCUGCCGGACUUGAGGCCACUCACAGGACUCGAGGUCAUAAACUUGGCAGAGAAUCCACUGAUCUGCUAUUGUCCACUGUUGCCUCUUCGCAAGUGGAUUGAGCAGGUGAAUCUGAAGGUCAGAGCCACCUGUGGCCACCCACCAGAACUCAGAGGUCAAAGGGUCAAAGACGUCCAUGUUUUUAAAAGCUGCCCAGGGGAAAAACCAACCAAGCCAGCAAAGACUGAAUCUGCUCUAAUCAGCCCUCCAAAAGUCAUCAAGAUAUUUAAAGCUAAAGGCAAACCACGCAAAAGUGCAAGACCUAAUACAGUGCAGAAACGUACCACAAAGAAAAGGAAGUCAGAGUGAUUCUUCUGUAUUUACAUCACUGUAACUGAUGCUAGUUUUAUAUAUAUGACUGUUUAGAGUGUACAAUUAACCUGCUUGAUUUUCAAAAGAUAUACUAUGCUACUUCGCUGGUCGUUAAAAAAAUUACAAACUUUGAGUAAUAUACCUUGUAAUCACAGAAAAUUUGAAGAUUUUUCUUUUAAUUCUGUUGUGAAAAAUGAAU